UUUCAAUUUUGAAUAUGAUAUUGCCGUAUCUAAUGAGGAUAUUCAGAGUGAUGAUAAUGUGAAUUACAAAGAUGCCAAACCUAAAGAUUUUGUUAAUAACAAUAGUAAAGAUGUGGUUAAUGAUCCUAUUCAGGAGCUUUUUACAUAUAUAUUUAUUUAUCCUAAGAUUUGCUAUAGCUGUGGGAGUGCUAAUGUUGAAGGUGUGGAAACAAAAAAUACAUAUCUGACAUGUAGUAAUUGUACUGCAAGUUCAAAAAGAUGGUAUAAAUGGAAACAAGCAGAUCAAAGUAAUAAUAAAAAAUCCU